UUGACGUCAGCUCUUAUCCCACAUAACCGCUUUUCGAGUAUUGAACACUCAGUGACGAGACAGGCGCAUGAGGCGCAUUCUUUAUCUAACCUUUAAAAAUCCUUAUUCCAAUUAAGUCAAAUAAAGUACGAUAUGGGGGGCACCUUUUUGUAUUUCGCUUAUGGGAGCAAUCUCCUAACAAAGAGAAUCCACAUCAAUAACCCCAGUGCAGUCAGAGUAGGAAUAGGAAAACUAAUGAACUAUCAACUUGACUUUCUUACAUAUUCUCAAAGAUGGCAUGGAGCUUCUGCUACAAUUGUUAAAAACCAGAAGCGACAUGUCUGGGGGGCUAUCUGGGAAAUUGAUUUAAAGCAUAUGGAGUCACUUGAUAGACAAGAAGGCGUUCCUGAUAAAAUAUACUAUGCUCUUGAUGUAGAUGUUCUUGUGCCCGAAGGAGGCACCAAGAAAUGUCGUGUUUAUCAGCAAUGCGUGAUCCCGUCAUCUACUGAAGAUAUUGAAAAACUAGCCGAAGACAGAAAGCCAUCAGCUGUUUAUUUAAAUAUAAUUAAAGCUGGGGCUAAAGAAUCAAACUUACCUGAAGAAUAUCAGAAAUUUUUACACAAGAUUCCUGAUAACGGCUAUGACGGCGAAGUUGAUAUCGGGAUAAAACUCUAACAAACACUGCCUUAUUAUUGGAUAAAUAACACAAAAUUAAAAAGUUUAUAAGGAGUUUCAACACAGGUUCAAAAAGGCAAACAUUAGUUGGUGACUUUUACGUUUUUACGUUGGUGUUUCGGAUACAACAUUUUCUCAAAAUACUACCAAUAUUUGUAUAUAACAAUGCAAAUAAAUACAAUUUUUGUAUUCAAA